AUGGCGAGCUACGACUGGCAACAGUUCGAAGUGGUCUUCCAAGCGAAGCCAGACUACUCCCCCGACCAAAAGCAGGCCGAUGCAGCAUUGAAGCAUCGAAAAGAAUUCGGAGGGAAGUUGUUCUUCGAUCGCAUCUGGAGCACUCUGAACCUGCAAAAGGCCACAAAGGCAUACCCACCACGUUCCAACAACGAACUCAAGGAACUGUGGAAGAGGAUCGUCGAUGCGAAGAGCUCUGAUGAGCAGAAGCUGGCACUUCUCUACUACAUUAUCCGCGACUGUCGCAACAUCACCCUGGAGAAAACGUUCUUGCAGAAGACCUACCUUCCGGAGAAAUAUCAGUUGCUGGUGACCGGCUUGUGGGAGCUCGACCAUUGUCAAUUUCCCAGGGCUUUAGAUUGCCUGACCGACCCGACUCUCAUCCCUCCUACAUUUCCCGACGACGUUCUCAUGGUCUUGCUCCGUCACCCGAAGGCCACCCCUUCGCAGGCAAUGGCAUAUUACGUGACCGUUCAGCCACCGUUGCAAGACGAGACUGUCCUGAUCGCGUAUUUCGAUCUCCUUGUUCGGACCAGUGUUUCCGAGGCCUACGACUUUGCAAGACAGAGCUCUCAGCACAAGCGCUUAUUCGAAAGUCUGGUCACUUCCAUCCACGAGGCUGAACCGGGUGACGCCCGUGCAGCUGGCGCUGUACAGCUCAUUGGUAUGCCCUUCACGGAAGACGAAGAACGGUGGUUUGAAGAAUGCCUCUUACAGGGCUCAGCAUCCAAAUGCAACGGCGCCAAGGACUCGAUUCUCAUGCGACGCCUAGCAACAGGGCGGUUGCAGAGCGACAGUACUCCUCAGCUAGCGCGCUAUAAGGGCAAUAAAACCAACGGAGCGAACUGGGACGAUAUUCGGACGAUCGUCAAUGGAUGA